AUGUUUUCUCGAGGAGGCAUCUACGGCGAUCACGUACCCCAGACCCCAAAGGAUGAGGUCAAGGCCGAGCUUCAUGAAGAGCCGGGUGGAGGGAUGGACCGCGCCAUGAGCGAGGAAGUCAAAGCCAAGGCUCGUGAGCUGGGCCUUGAUCUGAACGACCCCAAGGUUCAGCAGUGCUUGAUGCAGCUGAAGAAGAGGAGCGAGGGACUCAGCGCCGCGGAAGGCGCGAAGCCAAAGGGGUUUCACUAUUUCGAGGUCAUGCUCAACAGGGACAGGUGGUUCACGGUGCCCUGGUUCAUGUACAUGGGGCUCUCCAUCCACUGCCUGUACAGGCUCUUCAAGAUGUGCAUGGUCAUCCCGAAUGUGGGAAGAAUGGCGGAAGGUGACCCAGAUGAUGUUUUCCAAUCACUUGAGUAG